UCCACUGUUGGGAGGGUAAAAAACACACCUGGAAAUAGAUGGAGCAACUAGAGCCGGUCCCAGCCGCAGUCCGACGCCUGCUUCGCCUUUUCUCUCACGCUCCUGCACUUGUGCGCCGAUUAUUCGCCCCCCCCGGGGAUGUGAGCGCUCCGCCGCUCCGGGAUCAGAGGCUCGCGUCGGUGUGAACGACAAUGUCCCGCGGCUCGGCCAGGCUCUCCCGGCUAUUGUUGGCGCGGCAGCGGGCGCAGCGCUCCCAGUCUCCUCCGGCUCCGGCUCCGUGGCGGCUCCAGUAGCCGCUCCGCCCCGCUAGAGAGCGUCUCCUCCGCGGCAUCGCUCCGCUCGGGCUCCCGGCGCGGAGAGGAUGACGUCCUGGCUCCGGACAUGCGGCAGCGUCCCCCUGUGUCUCCUUAUCUGCUGCAUGGGCUUCGUCUUCGUCCGCUCGGAAGCUUCCAGUGCCGGUGCCAGUGUGUGUUGGUCACCCAGUGUCACCUCUUGUGCAGACUGCCUCAGACGUGGACCACAAUGUGCCUGGUGUUUUGAAGAGGAUUUCCUGCGCGGCGCUGAACCAAGCCAUCGCUGUGAUUUGCCGGUGAACCUGCGCAGGAGAGGCUGUGGACCGGAGUUCAUGGAGCACUCGGAGGUCAAGGUGGAUUUCAACGACACAUUCAGCAAUACACAAGUGUCCCCACGAGACAUCAGCGUCACUCUCAGACCAGGUUCACAGGCCAGUUUCGUGGUGGCCGUGAAGCAGCUGGAGCGCUAUCCCGUGGACCUGUACUACCUGGUGGACGUGUCGGCAUCCAUGCAGGAUAACCUCAAUCUUCUGAAAACAGUCGGUGUGGCUCUGUCGUUUCGUAUGAUGGAGCACACCUCAGACCUUUGGCUGGGCUUUGGCUCGUUUGUGGACAAACCCAUGUCCCCUUACAUCAGUGUCCACCCCUCUAAGAUCAACAACCCCUGUAGUGAUUAUGAGAUCAGCUGUCGUCCAGCACACGGUUUCCACCACGUCCUGAGCAUGACCGGGAACGUGAGCGAGUUCACUCGCGUGAUCAAACACCAAGAGAUGUCCGGUAAUGUGGAUACACCUGAAGGGGGACUCGAUGCCAUGCUGCAAGCUGCCGUCUGCCAGAAUGCUGUUGGUUGGAGGCCUGAAGCCAAACGCCUGCUGCUCCUGAUGACUGACCAGCCGUCGCACCUCGCCCUGGACAGCAGGCUGGCGGGGAUCGUCGUGCCACAUGAUGGUCUAUGUCACCUGGAGAACAAUGUCUACACUGGCAGCACCAGGAUGGACCAUCCCAGUUUGGCCCUGUUGUCUGAAAAGCUGCUUGAAAACAAUGUCUACUCCAUCUUCGCAGUGGGGAAGCAGGAGUACCAGUGGUAUGAGAAGUUGGUAGACCUGCUGCCUGGUUCCUACCUGGGAAAGAUGGGCUUCUUCCAAACUCCGAGCCUGAUAGAGCUGGUGGUGGAUGCAUACAAGAGGUUGUUGUCAGAGGUAGCGGUGUCGGUCUCAGUGGAGGACAAGGCGGUCAGCAGGUACUGGGUGUCUGUGUCUCCUCUCUGCCCUGACGGAUCCACUGCUCAAAGCCAGACCUGCUCCGGGGUGCGGCCAGGCCAGACGGUCUACUUCAACAUCACGGUCGGUCAACACGCCUGCUCUGAUGAUGGUAAAGAUGAAGACAUAACCGUGAUGGUCCGCCCUGUGGGUUACAAUGAGUCUACUAUCGUCAGGAUCCACUCUAAAUGUCAGUGCAGUUGUGAACACACGGGACGCUGCCAUGACAACGACCCGUCGCCCUGCAGGUGGACCCAACAUGGCGAGAGUGAGGAGCGGAGGCCGCACCAUGGCUCGCUGAGGGACUCUAACACAGAUGCCAACAGGAACUGCAGAGCCGACAGGUCGGACGUGGACUGCAGCGGCCGGGGAGUGUGUGAAUGCGGGAGGUGUGUGUGUGAGCAGAGCAAGCUCGGGAUAGUAUACGGGAAGUACUGCGAAAUAGAUGAAUUCUCCUGCCCAUACGAAGGGGAACUACUAUGCGGCGGUCGAGGUGUGUGCGUGAGAGGAGAGUGUGUGUGCGAUGGCGGGUGGACCGGCGACAGCUGCGGCUGUCCCACCUCCACACAAACCUGCUACUCCUCAAAUGGCUUGCUUUGCAGUGGGCUCGGCAGGUGUGUGUGCGGCAAGUGUGUGUGCGAUGACCCCCACCAGUCGGGAAGCUUCUGCGAGAGAAGUCCGGCUUGGCAAAGCCCCCAGCAAUCCCACUGUAUGAGCUUGAACUGCCGUCAUUCCCAUAGUCCAUCACAGAAAGAGUCGGGGCUCUGCAACCACACCUGUGCACAACUGGUCAGCCACAUGGAUGCUGCAUCAGAGAGAGUCAGCAGCGGCCGUCUGAUCGGUACCUUCCUCAGUGUGUGUGCACUGACUGUACUGUGCGGCCUGGUGGUGGUGGCCGUGUCCCGACUGCUGCUACAGAAAAGAGGCGGGUCACCGGGGGUUACCGCUGACGACGGAGGCUACCAUUGCACUGGAAAGGAUCUGUCAUAUAUACCAACAACCAACGAGAAAACAGUGACCUACAGGAGGGACCACCCACCUGACCGCCUUGUGGAGAUGCACAUCCAGGUUCCCAAGAUGGCCCUUAAUGACCCCUGGCAAUGCUAGACAGAAGUUUGACCAACAAGGUCUAAAAAGAGACACAAAGAAGGAGAGCUGGACUAAAAACUUCUUUUCCGUGUCUUAACCCUCAUAAAAGACCAACGCCACUGAGCAUGGGAACUGAUGAUAAACUAAAUCAUGACAUUUCCAUGGAAUUAUAUUUAUGAAAUCAACUCACAAGACUAUUAUGAACUGUGUAAUAACCAAUUUGGCCAGUAUCGUGGAAAUGAAGAGUGAAGAAAAGAGCACAAGUAUCCCGCCUCUUCUUCAGGCAGACUACUUUUUCUACAGGGUAAAAUGUGAUCAUUCCUUGCUUUGUAACCGUGCAGCAAUUAUUACUCCAACUUUUAUUUGUGUGUGGAUGCAUGUGUAUGUGGGAGGUAGGUGCAUGUCUGCUUUUAAUUUAUGAUUUUAUAAUGAAACACUACAUUUAAGAAGUGUAGAAGUUCACAUUCGUGAGAUGUCAGCUGUUUGACUGCUCUGUCUCCCUGUCUUAGUCUGCCCCCUUGUGGUCAACGUAAUGCAUGGCAUCCUUUCUCAAAUAAUACACCUUAUUGACCUCAACUGGGAUGCCUUUGGUACACCAAUGACUUUUAAAAUCUUUAUUAUUUACUGUGUCGGUCAUAUAUGUUGUAUUAUACGUCUUAGUGAUAUAAUUAUUAUUUUUAAUUUUACAUUGUGUUUUUUGUUAGGCAAUCUAUGUAUUUUCAAAAUCUUGUUAUUUCAACCUUUUUGUACAUAAUUGAUAAGGUAGUUUCAUAUGAUUGCCUGUUCUUAGCUAUCUGGAAAGACUUGCACAAGAAUAACUGCAUUAUACUACUGAAAACGAUGGGGUCUCUGGGGCAGGAGAGCUGAGACAGUGUCUGUGUGUGUGUGUGUGUGUGUGCGCGCGUGUGUUGUUGGGCAUUUAAAGGUACUUGUGUGCAUUAAUCACAAAUCCAUUUUGAACACUGGAAUAACAAUGAAGGAGAUUUGCAUUUCAAUUAUGUACAUGCUAGUCAUCAAAUGUAUCAUCAUACACCAGAAUAUGUGACCUCCACAUCUUUAAGGUACUGUACGGUGCAAAUCAGCUUUGAGGGCAGUGAGAUCAGGUGGAAUUUCACUCUGCAUGCACUCAUGCACUAGAAGAGAUAGAAUCUAAGUGCCAUCUGGAUGGCAUUUAACGACACUUUCUUUGGCUUGAUCAACCCUGCUCCCUAUUUUGAUUUUAUUUAACACAAUGUUGUUUACAGCACUAGCUGCUCUAUUUUACUGUAAGUUGGAAACACUAAUGAUUAUUUAUUUUGACUCGUACGCUUUUUUCAUUUAUGAUAUGAAAGUGCUAUUUUUGAGACAGUAAAUGUAGUUGCAGGCAUACGACUGUGGGCCGUCUAACCAUGAGAAUUAUUCAGCAAUAAGGUAGCUUAAUUAUCAUCUCAUCUAACCAGGUACUGAAUAAAAACAGCACUUUUUAAUGUAAUUUUGCUGUAGGUUAAUGUGACUAUUGUGUAUGAGUAUUUUCAUCAAAAUAAAGUUGCUAGAGAUUUUUUUUAAAUAACUGCUUGAGUCAUCAGCUUUUUACCUUUUACGGUGCCAACAACAUGUAAUAAAAACCUGGAAAAUUGAAAAGGCCUACAUGAAACGGAAAAUAAUUAACACAAAGAUAAUUCUUGUUUUGUUUUUUGUUGGGGGUGGGUCUUUUUUCAUUGUUUUUAUAUGGCAACCAAAUUUACAAAAUA